AGCAUCAUCGUUAAUCUUACGACUUCUUGCUGUUUAUUGUUUGAAUCCCAUGACGUUAAUAAUGCUUUUUCAAAUAAAAUGCUAAUAAGGACAAACGACAAAAAUUGAAUAUGAUUCUACGGGGAAAAAUGAUGAGUUCUCAAGUUUCAUGGUGGAUUUUUUGGGUAAUCAGUGCUGUGUGUAUUCUCAACGUGGAGUUUAACAUUGUGGAAGGAGGAGCCUAUGAAGAGACUAAGGUCCACAUAGUAUACCUUGGUGAAAAGGAGCAUAAUGAUCCUGAGCUUGUAACGGCCUCGCAUCUCAGAAUGUUAGAAUCCCUACUCGGAAGCAAAAAAGACGCUAGUGAGUCCAUAGUUCAUAGUUAUCGGCAUGGUUUCUCCGGCUUUGCUGCCCAUCUUACGGAUUCCCAAGCAAAAAAAAUCUCAGAGCAUCCAGAUGUAGUCCAAGUAACGCCCAAUAGUUUCUAUGAGCUGCAAACGACAAGGACAUUUGAUUACUUGGGGCUUUCUCAUAACACACCAAAAGGACUUCUUCAGAAAGCCAAGAUGGGCAAGGACAUCAUCAUCGGUGUCUUGGACUCGGGUGUGUGGCCAGAGUCACAGUCGUUCAAUGACAAAGGCUUGGGGCCGAUCCCAAAACGGUGGAAAGGGAUGUGCGUAGACGGUGAAGAUUUCGACUCGAAGAAGCAUUGCAACAAGAAGUUGAUAGGAGCGAGGUAUUACAUGGAUAGUCUUUUCCGUAGGAACAAAACGGAUAGCCGAAUACCGGACACGGAAUACAUGUCCGCAAGGGAAGGCUUGCCUCACGGGACACACGUGGCCUCCACAGCUGGGGGAUCCUUCGUCUCAAAUGCACGGACUUCGUAUAAGGGCAAUAAGAUUCAAGGAGAUCUAAUGUACGUAUAUAGCACAGACGAGAUGACGAGUGCGGCAAAGGGAAAAGUGGUGCUAAGUUUCACGACUGGAAGUGAAGAAAGUCAGUCAGAUUAUGUAACUAAACUUUUAGAGGUCGAAGCUAAGGCUGUAAUUAUUGCCGCCAAAAGAGAUGAUGUUAUCAAAGUUUCCGAAGGUCUUCCCGUUAUCAUGGUAGACUAUGAACAUGGAUCUACCAUAUGGAAGUACAUAAGUAUCACCAGAUCGCCUACCAUAAAAAUAAGUUCUGCCAUCGCGCUCAAUGGGCCUCUUGUAGCCACUAAGGUUGCUGAUUUCUCAGGGAGAGGACCCAAUUCCAUAUCUCCAUACGUUCUCAAGCCCGAUGUAGCGGCUCCAGGUGUGGCGAUAGUGGCAGCUAGUACCCCAGAAGAUAUGAGUACUAACGACGGAGUCGCGGCUCAGUCAGGAACUUCAAUGGCAACACCAGUAGUUGCUGGUUUAGUUGCACUACUUCGAGCUGUGCAUCCUGAUUGGUCUCCAGCCGCGCUUAAGUCAGCUCUUAUCACUACAGCUUCGACAACGGAUCCCUACGGAGAACCUAUCUUCUCAGAGGGAAUGACACGAAAACUAGCCGACCCAUUUGACUUCGGAGGAGGACUAGUGAACCCAAACAAAGCAGCCGACCCUGGUCUUGUCUACGACAUAGGUGCGGAAGACUAUAGGCUUUUUCUAUGUGCUUCCGAUUAUGACGAGAGACAAAUAACCAAAAUAUCAAAGACAAAUACGCCAUAUCGAUGUCCAAGUCCAAGGCCCUCGAUGCUUGAUCUUAAUUUGCCUUCCAUCACCAUUCCAUUCCUCAAGGAAGAUGUGACUCUCACUAGAACAGUCACCAACGUCGGACCCGUUAACUCUGUCUAUAAGCUCGUCGUUGAGCCUCCUUUGGGUGUCAAAAUCUCUGUCACACCCAAAAUAUUGCUCUUUAACUCCAAUGUCAAGAAAAUCAGCUUCAAGGUCACUGUCUCCACAACUCACAAAUCCAAUUCGAUUUACUAUUUUGGGAGCUUGACUUGGACUGAUGGCUCUCACAAAGUCACUAUCCCAUUAUCUGUCAGGACACAAAUGUUGAUGUACUUCGACCAGUGAGUUUGCAUUUUUUUCCCCAUUACCAUGUCUUACUUAACCUAGAGCGGUGGUAUGAAAAAAUUUCAAUAAUUGUG